AUGAAGGCACUACAAGCCCGGAAAAAGAACACCAGCACUGAGCUGGCUAUUGAGCCAGAGAAGGCAUCCUUAGACAAAUGUGGUGUCAAUUUGUUAACUGUCCUGAACGAGCUGCAAGACUUUAAUGAUGAAAGUGAUGUUAUUAGUGCCCUCAAUUACAUAUUGCCUUAUUUCUCUGAAGGAAAUCUAGGUGAUCAAUUUGAAAUCCAAUUAAUCCAGCAGCUGCGGUCCCUCAUCCCCAACAAUGAUGUGAGAAGGCUCAUUUCUCAUGUUAUGUGGACUUUGAAAAUGGACUGCUCUGAGCCCCAUGUACAACUGGCCUGUGCCAAGCUCAUCUCCAGAACAGGCCUCCUGAUGAAGCUGCUCAGUGAGCAGCAAGAUGUUAAGGUAUCAAAAACAGACUGGGAUACAGACCGAUGGAAAAGAGAAGUCCCAGGUGAGCAAAAAGAGCAGGAGUCGAGUGAGCUCACAAAAUAAGAUCCAGGAUAUGGUUAUAGCAACAAACUCAUCUUGGUAAUAUCUGUGACUGUGGUAGUGAUGAUUUUGAUUCUAAUUUUCUGUCUCAUUGAGGUAGGGACAAGAGUGUCAAGUUUCCAGAAUACAUCUUUUGCAGAUUUCAAGAUGUUUCCUAGCUACAGCUGCUCCCUGGACCCCAUGCUCAGCUCUUUCCUGAGUGACCAGGGCAGGCCCUAA